AUGGCAUCUGGAACUACACAUACGCUCAAUACUGGAGCAAAAAUCCCAGCCAUUGGCUUUGGGACCUGGCAGGAUAAGGAUGACCAAGAGAAAGCUGUAACCGAAGCUUUGAAGGCUGGAUAUUUGCAUAUUGAUACUGCGGCUAUAUAUGGGACCGAGCCCAUGGUAGGAGCUGCCAUCAAGAAGAGUGGCAUUGACCGAUCCAAACUCUUUAUCACCACCAAGCUCUGGAACAACAAGCAUAAGCCUGAAGACGUAGAAGGAGCUCUUGAUCAGUCUCUCAAAGAUCUGGGAAUGGACUAUGUCGACCUGUAUCUCAUGCAUUGGCCAUCAGCAUUCAAGCCAGGCGACAACAAAUUUCCCAAAGACAAAGACGGCAAGACUGAAACAAGCAACAUUAGCUAUGUAGAUACCUGGAAAGCAAUGGAAAAGCUCACGUCAUCCGGCAAAGCCCGCGCCAUUGGCGUGUCGAACUUCUCCAAGAAAGAACUUGAAACACUCUUGAAAGAAGGCAGUGUCGUUCCAGCAGCCCACCAGAUCGAAUGCCACCCGUGGUUACAGCAGAAGGAUUUUUGUGACUGGCAUGAGGAGAAGGGCAUCCAUGUACAGCAUUACUCGCCGUUCGGGAACCAGAACGAGAUUUAUAGCUCGGGACAGAACAUGGGCAAGUUGAUGGACGACCCUGUCCUCGUUGAGAUCGGCAAGAAACACAAUAAAACCGGUGGACAAGUCGCAUUGGCGUGGGGUGUUACACGAGGUCACUCCGUCCUUCCCAAAUCCAAGACGCCAUCUCGCAUCGCGCAGAAUCUAGAGGGCGAUUUCAAACUUACAGCUGAAGAUAUGAAAAAGAUUGAGAGUGUGGACAAGAAAUUGCGGUUCAAUGAUCCGAGUGAGUCGUUUGGGUAUAAAUUUUAUGCCGAUUUGGAGGGGAAGAAGAAUUGA